AUGUGGAAGUUGAAAGUCCCACCCAAAUGGAAGACCUUUUUGUGGAGAGCCAUAUGUGAUAUCUUACCCACUACCACUAAUUUGAUUAUUAAAAGGGUGGAAGUGGACCCUCUUUGCCCAAUGUGUGCUUUAGAUCAUGAAGAUGUGUUGCAUGCUUUAGUGUUAUGUGAAUAUUCUACACUAGUUUGGAAUAUAACACAAUUGCCUAUAACAAAUAUUGUUACAGAUUCCUUUUCAACAUGGUUAACGACGGCUGUGACGGUCCUAACGGAGGAGCAAACACGACUCAUGAUAGCGGUCCUAUACAGUAUUUGGAGAAGCCGCAAUGCGGCUGUGUGGGAAUGGACCAUGGCGCGGCUAGCCGAUGUGGUCAAGGGUGCGGCAGUGGCGGAAAGGGCAUUCGGCGCAGCACACUACCGCCACCCACUGCUGGAACCGACGCCAAGUUCGGGCCAAGAUCAGCACGAGACCGGCGCCACGUUGCGUUGCUAUGUGGACGCGGGGUUUCGCCAAGGAACCGGGGAGGCCACGUAUGGAAUUGUUCUAAUAUCACCCGAGGGGACCUUAGUACCGUCAGAAAACGGCAAAUUGCAGUUUUGUAACUCACCACUCAUGGCCGAGGCUCUGGCCUAUAAGGAGUCACUUUCUUGGCUUGCAGAAAGGAAUAUCACAUUAGCAAGUUGUCUCACGGAUUGUAUGGUUUUGUGGAGUACCAUGCAGCAGCAAACCACACCCAUUUACUCAUAUGUUGGGGUCGUGAUUGACCAAUGCAGAACUAUUAUGUCGUUGUUUAGUUCUAUUUCGUUAAGCUAUGUUCCUAGACAGAUUAAUUUGCAUGCUCAUACUUUAGCUUCGUUAGCCUUCCCUGAGGAUUAUUCUAUGUAUUGGGAUUCUAUCCCGCCUGACUCUAUUAUAGCUUUGAUCAAUUAA